CCAUCUCUGAGUAGGACCUUGAUCGGAUAAAUAUCCUGCAGUAGUCAACAGUCACUCACAAGCUCUAAGAUAGAGCACACAGACUGCAGGACCAACAUGGCCCCGUUCGUACAUGUGGCUGCUUCUAUUUUGCUGCUGUCCACGAUAACGACAGCGCAAAUGAGAGGGGACUUUUCACCAUCACAAGAAUGUCAAACAAUAGAUGAGUUUGGGACAUACUGCCCAACCACAUGUGGUGUCGCUGAUUACCUGAAUAAGUACAAGCCUGAUGUGGACGGACAGCUGGAUCGAAUGGAACAAAAAUUGGAGGAAAUCGUCAACCUUACCAAAGGAGCACAGGACACAGUGAUCUACCUGAAAGACUCAGAUAAGCAAGCCCAAAAACAAUCACCAGAUACUUACAUCAAAAAAUCUUCAAGCAUGCUAGACGAUAUACUACGAUUUGAGAAGAGCAUUCUAGCUCAGGAAGAUCAAAUAAAUCAACUGCAGUCAACCCUACAGGCUAAUGAGAGAAAAAUGGUUGAUCUAAAGCAAAUGGCUCUCCAGCUGGACCAGAUAUGCAAAGAGCCCUGCAAGGACACCGUGGAGAUUCAGCCAAUAACAGGCAAAGACUGUCAGGAAAUUGCAAACAAAGGUGGUAAGGUUAGUGGACUCUACUAUGUCAAACCAGCAAGGGCUCCGGAAGCAUUCCUGGUCUACUGUGAGAUAGACAGCUUUGGAUCAGGAUGGACUGUCCUUCAGAGGAGACGUGAUGGUAGCGUUGACUUCAACAGAAACUGGAUUCAGUAUAAGGAAGGCUUUGGGUACCUUUCACCAGAUGAUAAAACAGAGUUCUGGCUGGGUAAUGAGAAGAUGCACCUGUUGUCUGUUCAGUCCACCGUUCCUUAUGUUCUGAGGAUAGAAAUGGUCGAUUGGGAAGGCAACAAAAAGUACGCUGAUUAUGCCACAUUCAAAAUAGGACCAGAAAUUGAUUCAUAUCGUUUGACAUAUGCUUAUUACCAUGCUGGAGAUGCUGGUGAUGCCUUUGAUGGCUUUAGCUUUGGAGGUGACGCCAGUGAUAAAUACUUCACAUCUCACAACGGCAUGCAGUUUAGUACACCUGAUAAAGACAACGACAAGUUCGAGGGUAACUGUGCCUUAGAGGAGGGGUCUGGCUGGUGGAUGAACCGCUGCCAUGCUGCUCAACUCAAUGGAAAAUAUUACCCGGGUGGCAAAUACACAGAGAAAGAUCAUCCGUCUGGACAAGACAAUGGCAUUAUUUGGGUCUCAUGGCACGAUCGCUGGUAUUCUCUGAAGGAGACCACCAUGAAGAUCAUUCCCAUUAAUAGGCUGGGUGCUGGAGGCCAGCACACUAGUGUCAAGGAGUUUGGAGGCCUGGGAGACAUUUAAAGACCUUACCGAUGCUGUUCCAGUGGUACUAACCUAUCAUCUCGUUAUGUUGAAAUGCAAGAAUACAUGUGAAGGACAGUUUCAAGCAUCUGUCUUUUCUUUUCCAUUUCAUUUGUAUUAUGAUGUUCUCCGGUUGAUUGUUUUUCAUAUAUUAAUCUCUGCAAAAGCUUACUUUACAAAGCAUGCUGAUGUAAAUGUGCAAAUUGUAACUGGUCUAAUGCACUGACAAUUAAUGAUUAAAUGUUUUCACUUUUUGUAAAUGAAAGUUAUUUGGUAGUCUUCAUUUCUUACCAAUGCAAGAAUACAUGUGAAGGACAGUUUCAAGCAUCUGUCUGUUCAUUUCCAUUUCAUUUGUAUUAUGAUGUUCUCCGGUUGAUUGUUUUUCAUAUAUUAAUCUCUGCAAAAGCUUACUUUACAAAGCAUGCUGAUGUAAAUGUGCAAAUUGUAACUGGUCUAAUGCACUGACAAUUAAUGAUUAAAUGUUAUCACUUUUUGUAAAUGAAAGUUAUUUGGUAGUCUUCAUUUCUUACCAAUGUAGGUAAGGUUAACAAUGUAUGUAAGGUAUACAAAUAGCUAAAUAUAACUUUUGAAUCUGAAGUAAAACAAAUGUGUAAAGGAAAUUGAAAAUAAAGAAGAUAAAAAGAAAAUAAUUCAUGCCAGAAACCAGUGAUUAUAUAAUUGGUGCUGUACAUUUAGUGCAUUUGCUUUCUUCAAAAAGUGUCUUUUUUAGCUGUUAUAUGACACUAUAAUAUUUACUGUCAAUAUAGAUGAGUGUCUUUAUAGCUGAAAAUCAUGAUUUCCUGUUGUCCAAGUUAGUGUCAAUUCUGUUACUAUCAAGCUCUAUUACCAGUUGAGUAACAGUGUUCACUAACAUUUGUGUGUGAGAGACUGUGUUUCCAUUUUUACCUUGUGGACAACAGUAAAUCAUGAUGUUCAGCCAUUUAAGAUAAUAUAUUAUAAUGUGGUUCAUGACAAAUGUGUACCAUUUUUUUAAAUAAUUAAAAAUUCAUUUGAAAAAGCUGAAGAAAAUGACAUUUUUAUACCAAUUAUAAAUGUAUAGGAUUUUUCUUUAGUACUUCACUAUAAGCUUAACAUCCUAUGAAAAUUCUGUAUUUUUUGAUAAAUCAAAAUAUGAUUAAACAGAAAACCUGUUGUGAAAUUUGACAUUACAAAGUGUAAGAGCCCCGUUGGAAUUAAAUGUUGAGGGUG